GUAAGCGGUGAGCGGUCAGCAACGCGAUUUCCAUGAUAAUUAUUUUGUUCUUCCACGAUUUUAUAGCGUUUAGUCUCUAAGAAUAAAUUAUAGUUUGCGGAAUGUUAUAUUUCAGAAUACUUAAGGCUGCCGUAAAGAAGGAUUUGAUUUAACGUCUCUUCAUAGUCGAAGCCGGUUCCUAAGUUUUACUCCAGAAUACUUUAAAAACUUUGAAAUGUUGCUAAAACUAUUCAUAUUGACCUUUUUCUUUAAUAUUAAUAUUAUUAGCAGUCAAAACCUACAAAGUGUAAGCGAUGAUGAUUUAUUACAGCUAAUAAAAGAGCAAGAAAAACUUAUAGUAUUGUUUCAUAAACCAAAUUGUAAGGAAUGUGAUAAACUAGAAAAAAUAAUAGACAUCUUACAGGAAGACUUUGAAAAAGAAUUAAAUGCACCAUCUGUGAAGGUUGUGAAUAGUCAUCUAGCUAGACUAUACAGUCCCACUAAGGAACCUGCACUUGUAUUUUUCAGACAUGGAGUACCUUUGCUUUAUGAUGGUGCAGCUGAUGAGGGCGAAGUAUAUGGUUAUUUGGAAAAGAACCAGUCUCCAUCAGUUAAAGAGUUAUCAGAUAAAAUAUUUGAACACAUGACGCAGGCCGCUACUGGGGCUACAACAGGAGACUGGUUUGUUAUGUUUUAUGGCGCAUCUUGUGUUGAAUGUCAAAGGCUACAUGCAGUGUGGGAGGGUGUGGGCGCAACACUACGCGGCAGGGUUAAUGUCGCAAGGGUUGACGCAAAUUUGGCUGGUGCUCUAACAGCUAAACGUUUUAAAGUUCAGAAAUUACCAGCAUUCUUUUUCUUCCGUUUAGGCAAAGUGUACAGAUAUGAUCUACCUAAAAAUGAUAUUAAAUCUUUUGUAACAUUUGCUCAAGACUGGUACAAAAAUGUGAAAGCAGAGACAGUACCACUUUUAUCAUCGCCGUUUGAUGAUGUAGUUGAUUGGUGUGUGGAAAUGCUUAAGUUUUCAAUUAAUCUUGGACUUGAAAUAUUAGCGAAACAUCCUUGGAUUUGGCAAAUAGGAGUAGCUGGGUUUGGAUUGGUAGCAAUAACAGCACUAAUAGCAUUGAUGAAAGCAAGGAAACCAAAACCUGCCAAAGAAGUGAAAAAAGACAAGAAGAAGAAGUAAACAUCAAAUUAAAGUACAAAACACAAUACUUAAUGUAAUAAAUUAAAUUUUUCUAAGCUUAAACUAUAUCUUUGAAAAAGUCCGUCCAUUAUUGUUCAUUCCAAUGUAAAUAGUUAUGGACUACAAAUUUUAAUUAUUUAUACUUUUUUUAAUGAGAAAGAUUGAUUUUUUAGAGGAAUACAAAAAAUGGAAACAAAUCUAUUAUAAUAUACUUGGUAGCUUCUUUGAUCAUAAGGACUAUGAUCUCGACUAUAAAAUAUAAUAACAAUGAAUCAUGGCUACUCUCUCAAAAUAUUACUAUGCAGGGUGUAAUCGCUAAAAAAAAUAUCAUAAACCCGAAAUUAUAUUAAAAUAAAAAUUAAAACUUGACUGCUAAUUUAUGUAUAUAGCCUACGUCACUACCGCCACUAACAUAACAAUAAUUCAG